ACAACAAAUUAAGAGAUGUAUAUAAAGUGUAAAUAAAUAGUAUAGUAGUGAAUCAUGAAUAAUACCAAAAGUUUUGUUUUAUUUCUUAAAUUAUUAAUUUUAGUUCAGUUUAUUACCAAGGGUUAUGGAAUUAGAACUAAGGAUAAAAUGUAUGAAACAGUUGGGGGCACAAGUGCAUGUUAUAGAAGACUAAAUGCCACCCAUCAAACAGGAUGCACAUCUAAAUGGGGCGGUUCAAAUGGAGUAAUCCAUUUUUGUGAAACUCAUAAAGAUUUAGAAGAUAUUAUAGCUCAUGGUACUUCACCUCCUUACAUUCCAAUUGUACCUCCUCAAUUAUUUAACACUGAAAGUUUACAAUUUAUGAUUAGUAGUAAAAAAAUUGAUGGGCUCAUCAUCCAAAGGAAUAAUGAUAGUUUAGAAUAUUUUACUCAUGAGUACCAGUGUCCCAAUCCUAGUUCGAGUUUAGAUGGUACCUGUAAUAAAGAAUCAGUUUGGAAUCCACUUGGUACAGGUUUGAUGUAUGCUGACAUACCAUUUCCAAUUUUUUACAUAGAAAAUCAAUCUGACAUAAACACUAUAAGGAGCUGUUUUAAAAAAUUCAAUAACUACUCAUUUAAUGAACAUAUUGACAGGUCUCUAUGUGCAUUAGAACUGAAAGCAUUUAUGUAUGCAGCUACCAAUACUCCCACAUGCAGAAGGCGUUCAGAUUUAAUUACAACUUUGAAUCCAGUUAAAUUUUGUGAUCCAUUAGGUGAUAAUAAUAUUUGGGCUAGUUUGUAUCCCCUAGCAGAAGGUCCCAAAAGAAAUGAAACCAAAGCUAUAAAAGACUAUUCAUUUAUUGUUGUUGCUGCAAGAUUUGAUACCACUUCUAUGUUUGAAGAUACUUCAGGAGCUAAUAAUCCUGUAACUAGUAUUGUUACUCUACUUAGUUUAGCCAAGUUUUUAAAUGAUACCUUAACAUUGGAUCAUGUUGAAGCAGCAAGAAAGAAUGUUCUUUUUUUCCUAUUUAAUGGAGAAACCUAUGACUAUAUAGGUUCCCAAAGAAUGUUAUAUGAUAUGGUUUAUGGAAACUUUCCGAUAGACAAUGUUGAGGGAUCAGAUAUACUUCCUCCUAUUAUACCAAAAAAUAUUGAGCUAUUUAUCGAAAUUUCUCAAUUGGGAAACGCAAACAAAACACUUUAUGUUCACUCCAAAGGAGAGGAUCAAUCAGUCAGCAAUUUUACUAAAAUUCUUCAACAACAAAAAACUGUGGAUAUUUCCUUCGAAGACGUACCUGACAGUUUACCUCCAGCAUCUCUUCACACGUUUAAGAAGGCGAUACCCAACUUUCCAGGACUAAUUAUAUCUGAUCACAAAACAUCCUAUGCCAAUCGCUUCUACAAUUCGAUAUUCGAUGAUGCCGAAAACAUAGGCUUUAAAUAUUACAAUGUAUCUAAAGAUGAAGAGGACCAAAUACCUAAAAGCAGUAUCCAGCACUAUCUUGCCAAUGUUACAGAAGUAAUUGGUAAAAGUAUUUAUAAGGAAAUUACUGGCAGUGAUUAUAAUGGAAAUAAUAUUGUUGAUGUUGUUUUGGUAAAUGAACUGCUGCAUUGUUAUUUGGAAGAUCAGAAUUGCAAGGUUCAUCAAGCCGUUCACAAAAAUUUGAAUUUGCCAAAAACUCCAAUGAAUUUAUAUGUCGGAGUAGAACGUGUUGAAAAUUUUGCAACAAACCUGGCAGCGUUGACAUUGGGCUGGUUUACUGGUCAAUAUGCAGGACCAGGAAAUAUUAAUUGUACAAAUAAACCAAGGAACUAUGCUUUCAAGUAUUAUAAUAUGUCAACAAGUAUUUACGAUCUAGAUAUUGUUAAUUGCUAUAAAGUAACGAUGAAUACAACAAAGGCUGUUAGUCCAGCAUUUAAUAUAUCAGAUUACAACUGGUCAUCAGGACAAUACAGCUCAUGGACUGAAUCUACAUGGGCCGACAUUAAGGUUCGAGUUUUUCUUAAACCUGCACCCAGUCAAGAAAGGACCACAUUAGCCGUAGGAAGUGUAACCAUAAUAUUUUCGUUUAUACUAGUUUAUUUCAUUAAGUCCAGGUCGCACAUUUUUUUCACGCCGCCUGUUGCACCUGAAGCGCCAACCAGUUGUUAAAUAAAUCUCUUAUCAGCACUGACAUC